UACAGCGCGCGCGCACACACACCGAUUUGGCGUCCUAGCAGCAUUGAUUCCAUUAAGGUCUGUACUACUCAGUGCACGUCUGUAGGAUAUUCGGGAUUGAACCUAGGUGUGCGUCUAGGGUGUGUCUUCUUACACUCAUCAAACUGACAGAUCAUGACCGAACCUGGUUCCUGGUUGUGACUUGAGAGAGAGACAGACGGGUUACAAUGGAUUUGUACAAGUCCUGCUUGAUUUUGUUAUUUCUAGCAGAGAGUGGUCUCUGUUCUGGUGGUCAGAUUGUGAUGCCAGCAGAGUUGAGCGGUGUGAGGGGUAGAAGCUUGAAUUUGACCGCAACGGUUUCUGUGACUGAUGUCCAGAUGGUGAACUGGAAUUUCAUCUCCAAAAGUGGCUCCACUGUUCCCAUUUGCACGGCCACGGCGCAGAGCGAGAAGGUGCACGAUCCGUACCAGGGGCGCGUGACCUAUUACAGGGACACGUACACGCUGGAGAUUCGCUCGCUCAUUCCCUCUGAUAGCGGGACUUACACUCUGAAUGUGGUCCAAAACAACCUGGACCAGGUCGUGGGUCAGACUAGGCUCGAGGUUCUGGAACCUGUAGCAGAUGUGAGUGUCACCUCCACCCUCAGUGAAGCAGUGGAAAUCAACAGCACUGUAAUCCUCAACUGUGCCGCAAAAGGCUCUUCACUCUCGUACGCUUGGCUAAACAACUCCGCUUCCUUGGUGGUGGACGGGCAGCAUAUAGUCCAGAACGGCAGCCAGCUCAUCAUUAAAGAAGUUUAUCGUACAGAUCUACUAGGUCCAAUCUCCUGCACAGCCAAGAACCAACUGGAAUCUUCAACUAGCGCCGCUUUCAACCUCACCGUCAACUAUGGCCCUGAUCCUGUCACUAUAAAACAAGAGCCUUCUGCUGCUUUCCUGAAGAAGGGAUCCAACCUGACGUUGUCAUGCUCAGCUAAGUCCAGCCCUGCUGCUGAAUUUGUAUGGCUUUUUAAUGGAGCUGAACUUCCUCAGAAGAAUGCUACAGUAUUUUUUUCAACCCUGGCAGAAGAUCAGACUGGAAACUACAGCUGCAUGGCCCACAAUAGCAAAACCCUGCGCUACAUCACUUCAGAGGUCGUUAAAUUGUCUGUCCUAGAAGCUAUUUCCGGGACAAGUAUCAGUGCCCCUAUGGUGCCUCUCAUCGCUGGGAACGGCACAGUGAACCUGACGUGCACAUCCAGCACAGGGAAAGCAGACAGCGUGCAGUGGCAAAAGAACGGCAAAGCUCUGGAUAAAAGCGAGCGCAUCAUCUUCUCCACGGACAACAGCUCUGUCACCAUCCUGACUGUGCAGAAGGAGGACGCUGGAGAGUACAAAUGCCAGCUGACGAAUAAAAUCAACAGCGACAGCAACAAAUACACCCUGACGGUCAACUAUGGUCCAGAUAAUGUGGCAAUAAAGGGAGACAAACAGGCCCUUAUGGGUCACACUGUGAUGAUAAACUGCUCCUUUGCCUCGUACCCAGUUCCCACAUUUGUAUGGAAGUUCAACGACACGGUUUUACACGGCGAGACAAAUAACUGCUUGACAAUCACGAAUUUGGAAUACAAAAACAGUGGUAUAUAUACUUGUGAAGCAAGCAAUAUCAUCACCGGACUCAAAAAGUCUGCCACCCACAACCUCACUGUGAAGGAAGUAGAAGAUGAGCCACCGGAAGGUCUGUCUAAUGGAGCCAUCGCUGGAAUCAUCAUAGCUGUUCUAGUGCUUCUGGCGAUCAUUAUUGGCGUCUGCGUCCACAAGAGGCGGAAGGUUUCCGAUGUUCAAUCACCAUAUUAAAGAAAACAAAAAAUCUCAAGAAAAACACCGGGAUCUGCCAGAACACUUCUUCGGCCUUUUUGUCUUGUUUUUUUACCCAGAAGAUGAGUCCAUCAGGCAGCUGGAAGAACUGCCCUCAUUAGUGGAACACACAUUUAGGGCUGGCCCUCUCUCUCUCCCACAUGGUGUUUCCACCUCAGUCUGUUCUUAUUCAGGAAUUCCCAUCUCCUCUAUUCCUCGCCUGCCUACUCAAGUUCUCUCUGGAAAAUCAGGAAAAUCCAAUACCGAAAUCUGCCACUGUAUUCUGACCCCACUGUCCUGCAAUCUUUAACUGACCAACAACCUGUAGCAGAUUGUGAUGCCUAACCAGUGCACUGCUCGUUCUGGAGAAGCUUCUCAGUCUGAAGACAACGUACAAUUAAAGAUCUCUGCAUCAAAAUAUUCUAUUCAGUAACAGCUUAAAGAUAUUUACACCUGUAUGUCCUUUGUGGUCAUUUUAAUGUGACGUAUGUCCUGGAGUUGAAGUAUACACAGGCAUGAGUAAUGACCACUAAUGUCCACAAUGCUUUUUUCUAAAUACCUUCUUCACUUGUCCACUGCAAGGCAAUCUUUAGCAGUCCCUUAAAGUGUGGUCUUGACUGCAAAACUGAUUUAUUCAUCGAUUCUCACAGCAAAAUAAAAUUACCUGCUUUUUUACUUCACUGUUUUUUUCCCCAACAUCCUGGCAGCUUUAGAUGGAGCUUUUUAACUCUGCUCCAAAUAGAUUUGUUUUAAUUUUAUUUUUUAAAAAGCGCACCAAAGUUUUCAGUGUUAAUCCACCUGAUACACCUGCCAGUCAGAAAACUAAACACACUGAAUAUUUUAUGUUAGCUUGAUUAAAUGAUGUCUGGUGUCUUUGUUUUUAAAAACAAAUGCGAUUGAAUUGUGGACACUAAAUACUGUGUGUGUGUGUGUGUGUGUGUGUGUGUGUGUGUGUGUGUGUGUGUUUAUCCGUUGAAAAUGAGCAGAUCGAGACCUGCUUUCUGUUCUGACCAUCAUACUCAUAUGCGUUUAUUAUUCCAGCUUUUUAAAUUAAAUCCAAUUAUUCUUU